AUGGCCGACUCAUUUCAAAUUGCGUUGGCAAGCUUCAAAAAACGGUUGACUCAAGAGGAGCAGUUGCGAUUUCAAACCACAACUCUGGACGAAGUGAAGACCGCUAUACUGAAGAUACAAGAUGAACAAAGCCGUCGUAAAAGCAUGAUGAAUCUCUCUCGUGUCAAAGCCUUUAUCGAAGCAUUUGAACAAUAUUCAAAUGUUGUCGAAGUUUUCCUCAACACAUCUUCAGUGUUGUGUUUCAUUUGGGGCCCCAUGAAAUUUUGUCUUCAGGUUGCAAGCUCAUGGGCCGAGUCUUUCGACACACUAUUAGACGCAUAUCAGCAACUUGCGGAAAACAUACCUCUUCUCGAGCAAUAUGGUGACCUAUUCAAAGGCAAUUCGUAUAUGGUUAACGUACUUGCAUUGUUCUAUGAAGACAUGCUCGACUUUCACCGAGCGGCUCUUAGGGUUUUCAGCAAAUCAACGUGGAAACAAAUAUUUAGGGCGACUUGGAAAGACUUCAACAGUAAAUUUCGGCAUAUACUAGACGGGCUGGCCCGACAUAAAGCUCUAGUAGAAAGUCAAGCGACGAUUCUUCAAUUCGAAAAGCAGCAAAAAGAUUACACUAAAGCCGAAACUUCGAUUUCAAUGAUCCAAGAAUCAAUUCUUCGUAUUCAAGAAUACCAGAGGGAGCAUCUUAAUCACAAAAAGCAGUUCGAGGCUAUCGAGAAGGAAGAUACCAAGCGUCAACGACUGGCUUUACUAGAUUGGCUCGCUUCCACCGAUCCUAUACCUGACCAUGAGUUCGCGGUCUCUAUGCGAGCCGAUUAUCCCUCCUCCGGCAAUUGGAUUUUGCAAGAGAAUAAGAUAAAAGCGUGGCUUGAUCCUCAACAAUUAACCGUCCCACUUCUCUGGAUUAAUGGUAUCCCCGGAGCAGGAAAAACCAUAUUGACAUCCGUGAUCAUUGGAGAAUGCAUGAAGAACAGCUCAUCGUCAACAAUAUUCUUUUAUUGUAAAUAUGACGAUAAACAGAGAGACACUUUCCUAGCAGUGGCUCGGGCUAUACUCUCUCAACUGCUGAAGCAAAACGAAGCUCUUCUACCUUACCUCUAUAGCGAGUGUAUCAACAGUCAUUCUGUUUCACUUGUCUCGCAUGAGAUGUGUACGAAGCUACUCGAGGUGUGCUUUGAAACUGUAUCUAAAUCCGAAAGGACGCAUUUGAUAAUUGAUGGGCUCGAUGAAUGCGAGCCGGUGCAAAGGAGACUCUUGCUCUCUACUCUGGUCUCUAUUGUGCAAAAGACUUUGUACCCAGGAAUGCUUCGCUUACUGAUUGUCAGUCAAAACGAGCCUGAUAUAAAGAGACAGCUUCGGCAAUGCUCAGAUUUACGGUUGUCAAGCUCCUGCAACAGAUCUGAUAUUGAAGUCUAUUCUCGAGUGUGGGCAGAGAAAAUACAGCAGAAGUUUGUUGUAUCAGAUGAUACAAAGACACACAUCAUAAAGAGUGUGUCUGAAGGUGCAGAUGGGAUGUUCUUAUAUGCAAAGCUAAUCCUCACUAAUCUUUAUGAACAAACAUCCCGUGAAAAAUUGUACGAGGAACUUCGGCCGGGAACAUUUCCAGUUGGCUUUGAACAAGCAUACUCGAGGAUUGUGUGUCGAGUGUAUCAGAACCCCAACGAGUCGGAGCGAGCUACCGCAGAAAGAUUAUUGGGCUGGAUUUCAUGUGCUAAGCGGCCCAUGCGAUGGCAUGAAAUACAGGCUGCAGUAUCAAUUAACAUGGAUGAUGAGGAUGUGAAAUUUGAGGACCGCCAGCUACGAGCUCAUAUUUAG